AUGGCUCCAAUCCGAGUCUCUCCCGGCUCUGUGAACCCGCCAAGGGCUCUCAGCAUAUUACAAGAGACAAAAUCUGGACACGGGAGGAGAAUAGAUUAUUGGGGUUUGGACGACGGCUCUUUUUUCAUGUUGAAUUGCAGCAUGCGGGUGACUGAAGUUUUAAAACAGUUUCUUAAAGAUUUCAAAGAGGGGUUACUGAAAGAUCAAGGUUGGCCUACUUAUUUCUCAGUAUACACACUCUCCAAAGCAGCAAUGAAUACCUACACAAGGAUUCUAGCAAAGAAGAACCCAAGUUUCCUAGUCAAUUCCAUUGGCCCGGUCUUUGUUAAAACUGAUAUAACCUGUAAUUUUGGGGUCCUAACUGCUGCUGAAGGAGCUGAAAAUGUUGCAAGGCUAGCAUUGCUCCCAAAUAAUGACCCUUCAGGUCUUUUUUUCCUUAGAAAGGAAGUGUCAUCAUCCUUUUGA